UCUCAACCACUUCUCAAAAGCCCGGUUUUCGAGAACUUGCUUUCCACUCCUGACAACUCUCAGAAUCAAUUUUCGAGCAGCUUUCUUGGCCUGCAUUCUGUAAAUGAAGUCGGCCCGGCUGUUCAUACAGCAGCACCUAUCACUUCCACGUCCAUAUCAACCACAUUCAAUUAUGCAACCUCCAUUCCGGCCGCCUCUUCAACUGACGAGCCGACCUCGCAUCGAGCCAAUGAUGAUAUUUUCGCCGACAUUCAUUUUCCGGCCAGUCAACUGGCAUUCACUGCUUCAGCACAGAUCUGCUAUCGUCAGUCAAGUCAGCCAACGCGGCAGACGCACUCGGAGUUCAACCAACAGCUGCGAAGUAGCUGGAAUCCUCAACAUGUUGGAUCCCUGCCUGCCUCAGAAGCGGACAGUCUCCCAACAAUGAUACCUUUACAACUCUCCAGACGUCAGCCCGAUUACGCAAUUGGCGCUCACUCUGGCGUCAAAUCAACUUCUCGCCACUCCACUUCAGCCCCAAGCGGUGCAGAGGAAUUGCUGUCCCACCAUCGGAUGGCACGACCACGCACCUCCAGCGACGGCUCUAUCAUCCGCCAGAAUUGUCUUCUCGAGUCACGGCAUAUUCGUCUGGCAGUCACCUCUUCAGUUGCACUAUCCUCGACGACCUGCAAAGCGUCCAUUUCUUCGACCACACCGCACUACCUUCCAAUGCAAUUCUGUGAGGCAUUUCGGCCUCGAGCCCAGUCUUGUGUACACCGAGCUCCUCAGACCAUCGGAACAGCUCCAACAGACGAUGCUAGCUUGGAGAAUGCUGCGCUUGCAAUGGGCGAUACAGCCAACAUUGUCACUUCUGGCACGAUGGCCAAUCAAUCAAAGGCUUCACCUCAGACUUCUCCUGAAAAGUUGGCAAGUUUGGCUCCGAUCUUGACUUCUUUAUCGUCUGUUCGCCCUUGCUGUUGUUUCUUGAAGCCUUCCAGCCGCAUUCUCUCUCUCGGCCGGCCAGGCUCCUUGCCUCACUCGCAUUGUUGCCAUCUGAAAGCAGCACCAACGGCAAUUGGACUUGACCAAUUAGCUAUGGAACCUCGACACUGUCAGCACCAGCAUCUCGACAAGUCGGAUUGCCACAGACCGAGGGAUGCAUCGAAAUACAAUCAACGAGCAUCUGCACCAUCUUCUUUGACCUUUCCAGUCUCAUAUUUUUCACGGGCCAGCCAGUCACUGGGUUUCACGUCAGUCUCAGCAACUGAAGGCGUCACGCCCACUCGAUCCCCAGUGCAUACUCAACUCUCGGCGGUCUGGAGUGACCCGGUUCAGGGUGCAGGCAAACGAUCCGCUUGCCGAUCGUCUUCUUCCUCACUUUUGCGAAGUGAAGAGAAACACUUGUUCCAUGAUGGAAUCGAGACGAUUAAUGCCGUCUCCAGGCCGGUAGGGCACAACUCACGGCCGACCUCGUUCGGUUUUCGAAUGCGUGCCGCCACUAUUGCUUCUGCUCGGUUCUUCUGGAAGCCCCGAUUUUCUGGUCGAGCCAGCCAAUCAGAUGGGCAAAACACUUGUAAUGCUCAUGUUGGUAGUGUGGUUGGGUCUGGUAGUCUGCGUGGCUCGUGGGCCGGUGUUGGUCUGGCUCGAGUAUCACGCAAAAAAUCGACUACAUCUCGUCCCAAUCAAACAGUUUUAGCAAAUAUCAACACAAACACCGGCUGGUUUCGAACUCGGCGGCCAUCUCUGUCACUCGACAAGACCUGUCGCACAAAUGACUAUCCUGCUGUAGCCAGUCAGACUGGAAAGUCUGCUUCCUCGCUGCCCUCCGCAGCAACCGUAGCAGUACCAUCCUCGGCAUUUCUUCUAAACUCAUUGUCAGGUUGUGGAAAAGUAGGCGCUUUGUUGUCGGGACAAUUUUCGUCGUCAUCAUCAAACGCAGAUGCCUCGAUUGUAGCCUCUUCUUCCUGCCUUUGCAUCACGGAGACUUCGGCUAAACUAUCAUCUCCAUCCACCUCUUUCGUCUUCUCCUCUCCUGCUUCCAGCACUGUAUUGGUGUCUUCCUUUUCUUCUCAAUCCGCAUCCUCUGCUGCUGGUCAUGCAGCAACUCUAAGGACCUGCUCUGCUGUAGAUACUCACAACGAAUUGCUUUUAUCUCUCAAAUCCUAUGUACCUCAACACAACAAUCCUGUAUCUCACCUACCACGGUCUCUCAACCAAUCUAGUCCGGAGGAGUAUCUCGAUUUGUUUGCCGGCGGCCAUUCUGACAUUUCGAAUCAUGUCGAUGCUACGCCAUCUACGCUGCUUCGUGUGCAGGAGCCUUCCAUUGCCAAAGCUCUUUUCAACCCUGCCGAUCUCUAUUCCAUCCUGGUGCCCGCUAGUCAGGCUUCAGGGAUCCUUUUGACAGCUGAAACAGGACCUGAAAAGCCCCAACAACGGUCAACUCUUCGACUCAUUAACACUCCUUCUUGA